CUUCGGUGAAUUCCAUUGGCGACUACCUACGUCAACCGGCGACUGAAUUGUCUUACCUUGCCGUAGCUUGUCGCGAGUAGACGUAGGUGUGGUCGUAGGUGAAUAAUGUCCUAAUGCUUGCCGGUUGUCGGUAGUUUGACGUCGACUAGGAGUGUGGUGACACCCUGCCAUGCUGCUGCAGACACGGGGAAUGCAUGGAUUCAAUCACAUUCACCAGUGACACAGUGCUUUCUGAUGUCCACAUCUACACCCCAAACUGUAGCCACUUGAUGGUGAGGCUGAAUGGAGAUGGACAACCAGUUUUUGUGUCGAAGUUCAAAAUACUACCUAAUAGUACUGCCCACAGCAAGGGUGACGUGGGGCAUCUGAGCAAUGAGGAAACCAGAGAUGAUGAUUUGAUUCACCAGAUUGGUGGCGGUGGAGCCACUGUGAGUGGCAAAGAUGAACCACGCUCUGACACCUUGCUUGAUGCUGAUGGAGACCUGGACGUCACGAGAAGAUCUGAUGGCAAUCUUCACUCUGAUGAAGACGAUGAAUGGAGAGAGAAAGUAUAUCCCACCAUAAUCAGUAAAGGGGAAGAUUUUUUCAACGAGGAGCAGGAGGAAGAUUGCAGUGAGAUCAGAAUAGAACACACAAUGGGUACUGCGCUGGAGGAUGUCGGAAAGCAGGUGUGGCGGGGUGCUUUUCUCCUUGCUGACUACAUUUUAAAUUAUAGUCACCUAUUCAAAGACCACACCGUUCUGGAGUUGGGAGCGGGCACAGGAAUGACCAGCAUUGUCAUGGCAACUGUUGCUAAGACCAUUUAUUGCACAGAUGUUGGUGAAGAUUUACUGAAUAUGUGUGAACGAAAUGUAAUCGCAAACAAACAUAUUUAUGGAACGACAGGAAGUGAAAUAAAAGUAAGAGACCUGGACUGGCUAAAAGAUGAAUUUUGCACAGACACUAAAAACCCAUACUGUUGGUCGGAAGAAGAAACGGCCCAGUUGCAUGACCAGACGGAUGUGCUGUUUGCUGCUGAUGUAUUCUACGAAGAUGACUUGACGGAUGCAUUCUUUCAGACAAUCUACAGAGUUUUGAGCCAUUUGAGAAAUCCAAGCACUGUAUAUCUCUCUGUGGAGAAAAGACUGAACUUUACGUUGCGAAAACUGGAUGUUACAUGCGAUGCUUAUGAUCACUUCCGACUGUGUUUGGAUGAGUUGGGAAACAUGAAUGAUGGGAGAACUUCAUUUGUUGUGGAGCCAGUCAAACUUGCUUUUCCACAGUUCCUGGUUUAUGAGCGAGUGGAACAAUUGGAACUGUGGAAAAUAAUUGUUGAGCCGCACACAGCAAUGAAAAGGCUAUUGUAACUGAAAACACACGCAAAGCAGGACGGUUUAUUGCUGUAGUUCAUUUAAAGCUUUAGCCAAAGAAAGAAACGAGGUUAUUAUUUUAAAAUACUAAGCUACUUUAUUCAAUAUUUUAUCUUUAAUUGCAGCGUGGAAAUUAUAUGGCGUACAAUCACUUAAUGUGUUUGGAUUGGAUUUAGCAGUGAAUACGUCAAUACCUCAUUAAAAUAAUAGGGAGAAGAACUUUAUACCUUGAAAGUACAAAAGAUUAUAUUAGGCAGCUGCACAUGUGGUUUGACCUCUCACAAAAUUGCUACAAAAGGUUUCUCAACGGGUUUUUACAGUAUCAGGUGUGCUUAAUGACAUAUCAAAAGCCCACCACACUCAGACCACGGGAAAGGACUAAUUUUCAAGAUGGCCUCCAAAUCCUUAAAACGCCCAUUAUUCCUUCAUUAUUCAUCAUAGACAAAUAAUGUUGCCGCCCAACACCAUGUUUUGGGGUUUAGAAUAUAGGAAAUGUUGUUAUGAGGCAGACCUAUACUUGCACUGGAAAAUAUUACUUUCUAUGCUAAUAUUACACAUAAAAUGGAUCUUGGACGCCAUCUUGAAAAUUAGACCUAUCC